AGCAAUAUUCUUGUACUGAUAUGGAGCAAUCCACAAGUAAACGAAGACUGAAGGCUGGUGAAAAUAGCAGUGGCGCUGAAGUAACAUCUAAACCAUCUCAUGAACGCAGAUGAAACGAAAAGACAAAGUGAGUGCUUAUGAACGAGCGAAGAGGGUAUACGAGCAGAUACAAGAGGACAAACGAAAGGAAAGAUUGGAACGGCAACAGGAAAGAGAACAGAGACAAGCAGCUUUGGAAAAAUAUGAGAAAGCUAAGAAGAAGACGAAUAAGGUGUUGCGCAAGCGUAACAAAAAAGGACAGCCAAAUUUGGGUGCACAGAUGGAGGUAUUACUUGAAAAAAUACAGCGGAAGGUUACCUAGUAGUCUUAUCCUGUU